GCUAGCUAGAGCUAGAGCUAGAGAUAAAGCUAACAGGACUGGUCUAUACUAAGAAUGUCACUAAUAGACUUCAACCAGGAGGCCAGAAACCAGGGAUUUCUGCACAUUGCAGUGAAAGAUCUUGGAGAGGAGUCACACUCAUUUUUCAAUGGUGUCCUUCAAGCACUCACCAAGUUACCACCCAUUCAGCUAACAGAGCCUAAAGGGACAGUGCUGUUCCUAAGAUUUCUGAACUACAAAGAGUUACCAUCAUGGGCAAGUGAAGGCCCCAAGUGGAGCGAAUUCAACCCACACAAGCAGAUUAGAGGUGUCCUCGGAGUAUGCAGAUGCUACGACCUAGACGACCUUGACAAUGUCAUCGCUGGUUUCAAGACGUAUUCUAAUCGGUUUGAGAGCAGUUUGUGUGAAUGUAGAUGUAUAAUUUAUGGCUCAAAGUCUGAGCUAGAGGGUGGGAACAUAGAUAUCAACAAGGGACAUUGUCUGAUAGAUUCUGAGCUCGGCAGUGAUGACAUUAAACACGACUGUCUCACCGAAAUAGUCACGGACUUCGCUCUUGCUAUUUACUCCACUCUGAAAUCACGGAUAACACAGUUGAAUAACUCGUUAGCUCGAACAUCUUCUGUCACAGUCUUGCAUUCACCGUUUGAGUCCAAAGAGUACAGUCAUCCUGAAGAUGACCCAGGGCUGGAAUUGAAAUUGACACCCACUCACAUCAAGGCGAGGAUGGAGAAACACCUUGCAGACAUGAGCCUGUUGGUAGGUGACCUCAAAAUGGCCUUUCACUGGUACACCAGUGCACUGCAACUCAUGAGACCUCACCAAAGAGACAACUUGUGGUAUGCUUCCGUCAACGAAGGGCUGGGCGUGACGGCAAUAGUUAUGAAGCUGUGUGAGGAAGUACUGGGACAGAAAGCCCAGGGUUUCACACUUAAUCUUGGACCGCUGAGGAAGCCUGCCAACAAUUCCAGAAUAUCUCGUGUCAGUUCCUCGUCCUCCGGUGGCUCCACCUCAUCACCUCGCUCAACUCUGACCCUUGACCCCAGGCGACAAUCCUCACUCACAGGAGUAGAUAUCGUAAGGCCAAAAUACAAUUCACUGCGGAAACCAGUUGGUACAGUAGAUGGAGAUGGUGAGACAGAUAAGGUUAAUGGUAGUAUAGUGUUCAAGACUGGAGCUGCCAAUGCGGGGGAAUCCCCUUCUUCACGGCCUGCACUGUCAGACGAAGAUGAGUCCGGUGUCUACGGGGAGGAGGAUGACGACGAGGGCUGUUUGCAGGUCAACGAGGCACUCCUGCAUAAGGACUUCAUCGUCGAUAAGUACACUGUUGCGCUCAAGUUUUACGAUAAGGCUAAACACCUUGGAGUUGUGUCCCUCCUGGAAGCUCUGCUCAAGUUCAGCAAGUAUCUCAUUGAUCAAAAGAGUUACAGGGUGGCAAGUGACCAACUGCAGAGAAUGCUGGCAGUGGAAGAGCCCUCCUUCAUCAAUGCCACUGACAAGCUCCAGCUGCAUUGCACCAUAGCGGAGAUGUAUCGUAGCAUGGGACUUCAUCGCAAGGCUGCCUUGUUCACACACUACGCUGCUCGCUGGGCCAGCAAAAUCGCCGAGUCUCCUGACCAAGUCAUAGAGGCUUACAAUCUGAUCGUGACUUGUCUCCCGGACUACAAGCUGAGUCUGCAGUUAGCAGAGCUGCCUAAAAAUGAGGAGUGCUACAACGGCUGGCCCCUGAUACAGGCACAAGUGUUGAAGGACUUUGUUUUUCUAUCAAGAAGGAAACAAGAAAAUGAGCUGACUAUUAGCCACAGCUGCUACCUCCUGCGGUACUUAGCCGAGCACCUCUCCUCUAAAGAUGUACAAGAGAUCACCUUGAUGCUCAAAAACAUUGUGGAGGAAUCUUUGGAGAGGGACAAUGGCUCUCCCAAUUCUGCUACAAUCAAGAAGAUCCAAUCUCCACUGCCUCUGGAAAAUAUCCCCUCGGUUAAAUCCGUAUCUCUAGUCGAGCUCGUGGAUUUGUUAAAGCCAAUCAAAAUCAAGGGCUUUGUAGAGCCAAAAGAAAUUCCUUCGAAGCAAGAAGAAGACAGUCCAUUCAUUUUCUCACCAUAUGAAGCAAGGCGACGUAGGGGGAAGCAGCGUCCUGAGGUUUUGUGGGUGGUGGGUAACCCGGGGGAGAUCAAGCUGAUUGUGGAAAACACACUACCCUUUGACUUGAGAGUAUCUGAAAUGCUGAUUCUGACGGAGGGAGCUCAAGUGGAAAUAUUCCCGACGUCCCUCACCCUGCCCUCAGAGUCGGAGCCCCAGGACAUCAAGCUUAUCACUGUGCCCCGAGAACCAGGCCUUCUGGACAUUAAAGGCUAUGAGGCGGUUGUGUUUGGUAUUCUACACCACGAGUGCAAAGUGAAGAUACCGGAAGACCGCAUAGUGCGAGUGGUCCCUCCUCUGCCGGAGAUUCGUCUGUCUGUACUCCCUGCCUCGGAUGAGUUGCCCCUCUCCCCCGGUAGGGAGGGCAGUCUCAGAGUCACCAGGCCUGCCAUUACUAAAUUUGAGCUGCUUGAUGGAGAAAUUUGCAAGUACGAUUUCCAGCUGGAGUGUCUGGCUAAAGCGCACACCGAUGUGGAGCUUGUCACUGUGACAGUGGCUGACUAUGACAAGGACUACUGUGACAUCUCGUGGGAUGACUCCGAGGUAAAGGCCCUGCUCCCCAUUCUCAGUGGGUCCUGUGGAUCCUUCACUGUCUCCAUACGUGCCAAGAUCCCAGCCUGGUUCAGGGUACUCAAUGAGCACACACAAGGCAUCUCAAAGACCACGGUUUUUCCGAAUUUGAAACAAGAACAAUUGUUUCAAGAUUCAGGCCACCACUCGUACUCAGCCAACACCACACCCAGAGAAUCGCCUACUUCUUCACCAAUUGCAAAACGUAACCAGUCAGCGUUAAGAUCUUCACUCAAGAG